AAAUCUCCGAGGGCUCCGUUCCGAAUGGCGACUCCCAGAGUAGUGUGGACAGUUUGCGGAAACACCUUCGUGCCGACACCUUCACGCAACAGCAGCUGGAGGCUUUGGAUCGAGUCUUCGAACGUCCUUCUUACCCUGAUGUCUUCCAGGCCUCGGAACACAUCAAAUCGGAGCAGGGUAAUGAGUACUCCCUCCCGGCUCUGACCCCUGGUCUUGAUGAAGUCAAGUCGAGUUUAUCCACCUCUGCUAAUCCAGACCUGGGGAGCAACGUGUCGGGACCCCAGACCUACCCCGUAGUGACUG